AUGUCACAGCAACAACAAACCCAGCAACAGUCUCAACAAUCUCAACAAUUUCCUCGAGAUUCUCGUAUAAUACAGCUAAUAUGUGAUUCAUUGGGGGUUAGAGAUUAUGAACCGAAAGUAGUUCAGCAGUUGCUGGAGUUUGCACAUCGAUACACUAUAGACGUUUUGCAGGACGCACUUGUUUACGCGGAGCAUGCAAGCAGGACUGAUAUUAACGUGAGUGACGUUAAACUUGCUAUAGAAGGACGGGUGAACUACUCGUUUACUGCUCCCCCACGAAGAGAUUUCAUAUACGAAUUGGCAAAGGCGCAGAACGAAGUACCUCUUCCGUCCGUACCAGAACGAUAUGGCUUGCGUCUUCCUCCUGAAAGACACUGUCUGACGGCAGUAAACUUUCAAAUAGUUCCACCAGAAUCCAAAACUGUUGUAAGACCUCAGCCAGCUGUCCCGAUUGCUCCGCCGCCACCUCCAUCACAAGAUGGAGAAAGUGGAAUUCCUCUUGGAAUAAACGAUGCUGAUAAAGACACUGAAAUGACAGAUGCUGUAAACACGCCCAUGAGUUCUGCUGCUAGUCCACAAAAGGCCCCUGUGCGGGCAGAAGAUGAUGACUAUGACUAUGAUUUUUAA